AUGGCCACUCACGAGCGUAUCCAUGAAAAAAAAAACUCCCCACCACCCGAUCCAGAAUUCAUCCUAUUGGAGAACCUAACGUACAACAUGAAGCACCCCUGCAUCCUCGAUUUGAAGAUGGGCACCCGCCAGCACGGAGACGAUGCCUCCGACCAGAAGAGGAUCAGUCAGAUGAGGAAGUGCCAGACGUCCACUUCCGGCAAUUUGGGACUGAGGAUUUGUGGCAUGCAGGCAAAAUUGAAGUGGAACAUUGCAGCUGGGAUUGAAGUUUCCGUUGGGAUUGUAGUUUGGAUUGCGAUUGGGAUUGCAGUUGGGACUGCAGUUAACAUUGCAGUUGGGAAUGAACUUGGGAUUGCAGUUGGGAUUGAAGUUAAGAUUGUAGUUAGGAUUGCAGUUGGGAUUCUGAUUGCGAUUGCAGUCUACAACAUAACGAAGCACAAGUACAUCUGCCACAGCAAGUACUACGGUCGCAAACUCGAUCUGGCUGGCGUCCGGGUAACACUCCGCCAGUUCCUCAACAACGGAACCGGACUGAGAACAGAUCUGAUUCGUCCCAUGGUGUCUAGACUGAAGCGUCUGCUGCGAAUGCUGUCUAGACAGGAGUCCUUUAGGUUCUACUCAAGCUCUCUGCUGAUUAUGUAUGACGCCGAUGGUGGUAGCAGUGGCAGUAGUAGUAAGGAUGGUAGCGAUGGGGGCGAUCAGGAUGACGGGGCUGGGCGUUUUAGUAGGAAGCGCAGUGGUCUGGGUGUUAAUAUCUGUGGAAGUAUUGAUGGAGCUGCUGCUAGAAGCGAAGUGGUGGUCGCUGGUGGCUGUGCUGGUCUAGGAAAUGAAGUUAAUGAAGUAGUGGAAGUCGCCGGUCUAACCAGUGCUCCCGACGAUGAAGAUGCAAACGAUGAAGAAGAUGAUGAGGAUGAUGAUGAGGAGAAAGAAAAUGACGCUGAUGAGGAAAACUACGAUGAUGAUGAUGAUGACGACGACGAUGAAACUUCAAACUGUCGCCACUGUAACGCUGCCGAUGAUAAGGACAGCGGCGGCGAAGACUACCAUCUCGCCAGUAACUCAGAUGAUGAUGAAGAAGAUGAAGAUGAUGGUGAUGACGUUGCUGACGAUGAUGAUGAUGAAGAAGAAGAAGAUGAUGAUGAUGAUGAUGAAUUUUAUCCUCCUUAUCCACCUCUCCCCCAUCCCACCAAACAAAGCUACUACUACCCCCCCGGCAAGACAAAAAGUUCCUCUCCUGGUAAUGAUAACGAUGAUCAAAGUUUUGGUAAUGAUGUCGGGGAUGAUGAUGGUGGUGCUGGUGGGGUGGAUGAUAAUAAGGGUGAUGUUCAUUGUGGUGAAGGCGGAAAUGAUGAUGAUGACGACAGUGGAGAUGGCUGUACUGACGGAGUGGUUGCUG